GUUACACUGUCUGCCAGCGGUAUAAAAAUAAACAAAAAUAAUAUAAUAUCGAAAAUUAACUAAUAACUUAUUCAAUUAUUCCAAAUUGCACAGUUAACCUCUAUUAAACCUCGAACAAAAUGGUUUACAUACACUUUCCUACUAAUUUAACAGAAGAGGAGCAGAUGCUGCAGGCUAAAUACCAAAAGUUGAAGAAAAAGAAAAAGGCUCUGCAGGCGCACAAGGCUCCCAAACCGGAGCCGGAAAGUUCAAUGACUCUAAAGCGUCCAACGGAUGCUCGUGAUGCCCGCGAAGUGGCCAGGAAACUCAUCAAAAGCGGCGCCAUUCCCGCCAUCCAAAAGCAAACCAAACAGGAUCAAACCUCCUUCAAGCGACCCAAGGGCCAGGAAAGGGCCAAGCGCUCUACUUCAGAGACUAGCGUCGCCUCCUACCAGCCUUUCUCGUCGACCCAGAACGACGUGGCCCAGGAGACGAUCAUUAGCGAGAUCAUCAAGGAGGAGCCGCGUCGGCAGAAUCUCUAUCAGCAUUUUGCCACUGAGCGAGAUCGCGAGGAGCGCGGCAUGCCGGAGAAGGUACCAAUUGACACAGUACAGCCCGAGAAACCAAGGGCCGGAAAUACCAUUUUCGUGUCCGGCAAUAAGGUCACUGAAGACUUUCUUAAGAAGACUUUCAACGACUAUGGCACUAUUGUCAACGUUUCCAUGGAGAUCGAAAAGAGUCGUGGCUUUGUUUCCUUCGCCAAACCCGAGUCUGCAGAUCGGGCCAUUGCAGAAAUUCAUGGCAAAAAUGUGAAUGGCAUCAACUUACAAGUGCAGCUGGCUAGACGUCAGCCACAGAUUGAGCCCAUUAACGAUGCAUCCUCUUCCGCAGUUUGGUCAUCUAUUGCUGCCAGCAAAUCGCAGAAAGGCAGCCACAAGGAUCACCGCGAGAUGGUUCAAUACGAUGACUUCUUAAUGUAAAACCCCAAAACUUUCAAGGCAUAGUUUAUACAUUUAGCUUGUUAUUUACUCCCUUUUGUUUAGUAAGAAAACUCAAAUCUUUUUAUUUUAUAUAAUUUUGCUUUAUUGAAAAUACGCUUCUAUAUAUUUAUGUAUAUAUGUUCACUUUCUGGUUAAGUACUCGCAUUUCAAAUUAUAACGUUCAAAUGAAUUCAAUGAAAAAGAGUGUGUUUUGUAUAUUAAUUCCUACUUUUUGGUCUAAAUUAAACAACAAUUUAUUCAACAAUUGAA